AUGCACCCCGUCACAGCCAAGGCUGCUGCCUCUUUCACACGCAACAUCACCACAUCACUCUCUUCUACUACUUCAAUUGCCAGAAUGGCCACUAGCGCCCGCAGCGCAGGCACAAAGGACUGGUCCGCGGCCCAGUACCUCAAGUUUGCCAACCAGCGCACACGGCCGUCCCACGACCUCCUUAGCCAAGUGCCCAUUGCCGCCCCCAAGCGCAUCAUCGACAUUGGCUGCGGCCCCGGCAACUCGACAAAGGUACUCGUGGAACGUUUCCCCGAUGCCAAAGUCAGCGGCAUGGACUCGUCGCCUGACAUGAUCAAGACGGCGCAAAAGGAACUGCCUGGGUCGGACUUUGUCCUAGCCGAUCUUACCUCGUAUACACCCGAGCCCGACGCCGACUUACUAUUCUCCAAUGCCGUCUUCCAGUGGCUCGAUGCCGACGCGCGUAUCCCCAUCAUGAAGCACCUCAUUCAGUCGCUGCCAUCGGGGGGCGUGUUUGCGAUGCAGGUGCCUGACAACCGAAUGGAGGAAUCGCACAAGGCAAUGCGGCAUGUCGCCGGGGAGGGCCCGUGGGCAGACACGCUCGCUCGGCACAAGCCGGCGCUGGACCAGUUCCAGACGCCUCUCGAGCUGUAUAAUGCGCUCAAGCCGCUGUGUUCGUCGGUGGACAUCUGGCACACGCACUACCAGCACGUGCUGGGUAGCCAUCAGGACGUGGUGGAAUGGGUCAAGGGCACCGGGCUACGGCCGUUUAUCGAUCCCCUGACUGCGGAGCACAAAGAGGGCUUCCUGGCGGCUUACUUGCAGCAGAUUAAGGAGAGAUACCCGACAUCAGAGGAUGGUACGGUGAUGCUGAGGUAUCCGCGCUUGUUUAUGGUGGCUGUGCGGGCGUAA